AUGGUGCUAGAGGCUGACCCAGACCACUUGACGCAAGGAUUCGUGUGCAUGCCUGAGGAGUUUCCUGCACGAAUCACCCCUCGCUUCAAGGCCAAGGCAGACCACGUUAUCAGGGAAUGGAAAAAGGCAGAGCAAGAGUGCUUGGACCCCGAGACCAAGCAGUGGUUGCUGUCCCCAGUGAAAUAG